AUGGCACAAAUGAAGUGGAUUCUAGGCACGUUCGCAGCUAUAACAAUAGCCCGAAUAAUAAACUGCUUCCCGACGCAGCAGGUCCAACGCCAGCCCAAAAACCUGGCUUAUUUGGACUACCUGCAGCCCGAAGUGGACUACAACAACCUAGAAAUCGACCCGGAAAACUACAUGAGCCUAAACCUGGACGAGAACCCGUUGAGCAGGACGGUGCCCCGCAGGAAGCAGCAGUUCAACUCGCCCAUUUACUACAUCCGCAUACCGCCCCAGCCGUACAUGUUCGUGCCGGGUUUGGGAUACGUGUCCCAACCUGUUACGUCUCCCGUGUCCCAGUUCCUCAACCUGCCGGUGCCUUUCGUGUCGAAUGGCAAGCCUAAUUCGAUCUACCAAUGGUCGGGAGCGUUCCAAGGCUUCGACAAGCCCGCGCAGGACUACUCGAAGCCCAAACCGCAGAAGGUUAAGAAGCCUUUGAAGGAUUCUACGGUGCACCAGCUGCCUGGAGCGUUUGGAUUCAACGGGAAGCCGGAGGAUAUUUAUGUCCUUAGGGACUCUUACAAUGCUUUGUAUAGUGACGUUUUGCAGAACGUUUACCCUUAA